UUUCCUUCUUGAUUCUUUCUAGGAAAAAAUGGUGGUUAGAUUAAGUUGUGUCAAUUUGUCAUGGAUAACAUUUUUAUUCUAAAUCCAUCGUUUUAGGACAACGGAAGGAAAUAGAAACCAAAAUGGAGCAAUUUAAUGACAAUGAAACAUUUCAGGGCAUGCCUCUUUGACGUCUCUCCCUUCGCCAUAUCCCCUUAGAAUUUACUCAAAGGAAUGUGUUAGCUUAUACAAAUAUUAGAAGAUCAUUGAUGUAGUUUAAAGAGAUUAGAAGGGCUGCGGUUAGUCUAUUUUCAUUUUCCUGGGGUUGCAAAGGUUGUUCUGAAGAAGGGGAAGACACAACUGUUUAAAAAUGGAAGCCCAAUGGUUUACAGUGGAGCAGUUGAUAGAAUAAUUGGUAGACCGCCACCUAAGACUGGAGAUAUUGUGCUGGUAGCUGAUGGGACAGAAACACCUAUUGGAUGGGGCCUGUAUAAUUCAGUUUCUAUGUUCUGCGUUCGGCUCAUGCAGCUAGAAGAGGAAGCAACAAGAGAUCCUUCUUGUGCACUGGACAUGGAGAACCUGCUUGAAACUAGAAUCAAUGCAGCUAUAGAGUUACGUCGAGGAUUAGGUCUUCCUUCAGACGCUACGAAUGCAUACCGUCUUGUCAAUAGUGAAGGAGACAGAUUGUCAGGAUUAAUUGUCGAUGUCUUUGGAGAUUUAGCAGUAGUAGCGUCAUCUGCUGCUUGGGUUGAGAAGUACAAAUCACAAGUAGAAGCAUGCAUCAGUGGCAUUGAUGAAAUUAAUCAUAUACACUGGAGACCCUCUAUUGAAAUUUUAAAAGAAGAAGGAAUGGAUGCAUCAGAUCUGAAAGAGUUGCAUCCAUCCACUUGUCCCCAAAGAACAAAGGUUCUGGAAAAUGGGAUUUCUUAUUCAAUCUCAUUGGAGGGUCAGAAGACAGGAUUUUAUGCUGAUCAGCGUGAAAAUCGUAAGUUCCUAUCAACAAUUUCACGUGGUCGGAAAGUUCUAGAUAUUUGCUGCUACAGUGGUGGUUUUGCUCUAAACGCAGCAAAAGGAGGUGCCAUGAGUAUUACCGAAUCAGCCAGCAGAUCCCUUUUGACCUGGAGUUGUAUUCAACGUGUUGAUACAUCAUUGCCCGCAUUAGAGCUGGCCAGAGAAAAUAUUGCUCUUAACUAUCUAGACCCUGAAAAGAUUUCACUUUUGAGAGAAGAUGCAAAUGAAUUUAUGAAGGGUGCUCUUUCUAGAAAUGAAUCGUGGGAUGUAGUUAUUAUUGAUCCUCCAAAAUUAGCACCAAGCCGAAAGAUCCUGGCAAUUCUCAUGUAUGAAAAGUAUGCUGUUCUCCAAAGUGCAUCAGGCAUGUACAGGAACUUAAACUCACUAGCAAUGCAAAUAACAAGAAGAGGUGGCCUUCUCAUGACUUGUUCUUGUUCAGGAGCUAUGACCCAAAGUGGGAUGUUCUUGCGUACUCUUCAGGGUGCUGCAUCGAUGGCAGGGAGAAAAAUCACAGUCCUAAGACAGAGUGGAGCAGCUUGUGAUCAUCCUAUUGAUCCAUCCUACCCAGAGGGUGCAUACCUUUCAAAUAUCCUGCUUCGCAUACUGUGACAUUACAAUUUUCAUAGAAAUAUAAAGCAUUGGAGGAAUCUGUUUUCUUAGCUGAUGAAAAUUCUUGUACUUGUAUUGAGCUGUUGCUGAAAUUAUACAUAGAAUUUACUGUUGACAAGCUGUUUCACAAUUCAAAUUAAAUGGAACUAUAAUAUUUGGCAAUCCCAAA